CAUCUUUCUUGAAUCUAGACCAUCCUCACCAACAGUUAAUCACUUCUGCAAUACUGGAAAGUAAUAACAGAAUUCCAAUGCAAAUAAUGCCGUAGACUAGCGAUUAGUAAUCAAGUAUCACGAGAUACCGUGGAUCAUCGAUCUGGACGAUCUUCCUUCAUUAUCGAACACGGAGCGUAUGAAAGAAGUUACGCGCCGUCGAUCGUGGGAAGUGGUGCGGAAAACGUUGCGAAAUGCAAGCACACUGGCCUGGGCAUCUAUCCGGGAGGAGGACAUCCAUCCCGAGAAAUGGGAAAAUAGAAAGAGCCAUGCGAUCGGAAUUAGCAGCAAAUUCAAGGUGCACGGAGUCCAGUGAGCAAGCGGAGAAAGGCACGCGCGAAUACGCACGCUCGGAAUUGCUCGGCGAGCAAUCUGCCUCCUGCCCAGCCUUACACGCAUUCAAGAACCGCGGGGAAGACCGGGUCAGGGCAGAGCGCGAAGUUGCUUCAACCCUUUCACGGCCGAGGAGAUGCCUCGGUUCUACAUUUUCAGAAGUAUCUUCUAAUGAUACUAGAUUGCUCUGUCUCUUGUUUAUACAUAUUCUUUUCUGUCACUGGUUUGCGUUUCCAAAUCUCUUAAGAUCGGAUUUGGACAUCUUGAGGAACUUAGGUAUCUUUCGUUCGUGAAUAUCUUCCCUGUCAAUCAAUAUUUCGCCUGAAUCAAGCAUUCUCCCAAAUUACAGUGUCUUCAUUGUACAGCCCGUAUCGAUCGGGGACAUCUCGUCCAACCAUUUUCCCAAGUUUCGCCCAGCAUCACUUUCUAACGUUUCACACUAAUCUUCAGAAGUGCACAAUCUCCGUGCGGAAAAAUGACAGGGGACGUACUAUUUGCAGCAGUUCUGGCGCGCCUGUGCAGCAUUAAUCCGCUUCUGCAACCAGAAGGUGAUGAUUAUCGUUGUAAAUUUAGCCAUAGUUUCAUUAAUUAUGGUCGCCAGUAACGCAGAGAACUAGUUAAAAGGACGCAUCUCAUGCGUCGGCUAGAAACGUUGCGUGAAGUAAUCGGUGAGAAGGAUCAAAAUUGCGGCACCGCGUUGAUUUAACGAUGCAUUUCAUUAAAAGAAAAAAAAAAAAAAAAAAAAAAAAGAA